AUCAAACUGUCUUAGUUAGCGAACAUACACGUUUCAUAAAACGUCUACGGGUGCAUUCGGCACACUGUAGUCUUUUUGGCCCUAGGAGCUCAACGGGAAAGCCAUGGCGGAGCAGUUUGUUUUGAGCGCGCACAUACUUUUUGUUAUAUAUCUUGCACCGAUAUGUGUGCAUGCUGCUGCUAAUUACGAAGAUCUGCACGUCGAGGAAAGGUCCCUAAUCGACUACGUCCUGAAUGGAGCAAAAACUACCUUUACUGAACUUACAAGAAAGCGUUGCCCCAGGCUGAUACCGAACAUUCUUCCCGGAGGAGUCACCGUGUUCUGCACCUACCAAUGCAAAAGCUUUUCGUUCAAGAGAGACACCGAGUAUCCCGGAACACCAUGCCUGAAAUUCGCAUCCACGCCGGGGGUCUGCUUCAACGGAACCUGCUAUAAUGCAGAGGCUGGCAAGAAAAUGAUCAGUUCAGCAGCUGGAGGCGUUAUACCAACUGGUAUCCCUUUCCUUGACAAACUAUUCCCAGGUGCGACUGCUACGACAACUACCCCCAAGCCUGGCGUUCUUGACAAAAUUCGAAACUGGUUUCAAGGAGGCACGACAGGAGCCACGACUACAACGACGGAAGCACCUACAACCAGAGCUCCAGGAUUUUUUGACUCAGUGAACAGCUGGUUCCGUGGAUGAGCAGGACCCACAGUCAGGCUUUCCUUCCAGCUCAACAAAGGUGUUAAUGCAACAGAACUCAGCAGUGAAAAUGCGCAGUUCAUUCGUGUCUGACGGCGUGGUGUGAACUUUGGGCCACUACAGUUCCUUGAUCACUCUACUCUACAUUUUUUCUAGUGAUCAAUAAAUAUGUAGUACUUUCGGAACUCAA